AAUAGCGGAAUGGCAUUGGCCUAGACAAACCUACCUGGCCCCGUUUUAACUCCAAACUGCGACGGGACGGGUGUAGCUUGGCAUUAGGGUGUACUGGAAACCCUUCGUGCGUUGUCGACCCUAGGCCUCUGCAUCUGCUCGUGCGAGAAUUGUCACGGACACAGGACUCUGGAGGGUGUUACGUGAAAUCCAGGACUACCAUGGAAUUGUAUUAAAUGUGAGGUUAUCAUCAUAUCCGGCUUCGCUGCAGGAAUCUAGUGAACCUCACAGACGUAGGGGUCGAAGAUCAGUCAUUUGCCGUGGUGGAGCUCGAAUCCUGCAGACUGUGUAUGAAGUACAUGCAAUGGUAAUGUACUGAGAAGUGUUGAAAUUCGGGGCCGUGGACACUCUCUUUCUUCACUUGACAGCGGUGAUCUAAAGGUUGAUGCUGGAAAUGCUUGAACGCCGCAUCUCAUGUUGAGAUUACUCGCACUGCAACUCAGUCCCACUUUUAGCAUAAUAAAAUUCGUGUUAGCGAGCAAAUUGACUGUCUCGAGGCCUUACUGUGGCGUUGUUUUUGACAUUGUGAACCGGGCUAGAGUGUUUCACGGUCCAGACAAUAGUUUCAGCAAACAUCUGAGGAGACUGAAGGGUCAUGAUUCAAUGAAAAGAUUCACCAGCACAACACCUCGCACUCUGGAGGUGGUGACCUCCGUCUGCGAAUCAAUGAGCACCAGUCGGAUUACGUGACAAACGAUCCUGGUGAUAGCUUUCCAGUUUGAUAGCAUGAAUUUGAAGACUCUGGGUCUCCAUGUAGAUGACCAGAUUGGUUUUAGUCGUUGCUUGAUUGCAAUACUGAUUGCGGGUUAGACGCUCGGACAUGAUUCACCGAGUAUGAGACAAACUUUGGUAGUAUUCUAGGAAAAAGAAGGGACGGAGGAGUGGAGGUUCUUCGAUCAUCGCACCCAUAUGUGUAGCAUUAAUACUUGAAGGAAUUGAUGCCAACAUUUCCUUCACUGUAAAUUUCUGGUUAGGCUGAGGUUGCGGCGAUUCAUCAUGGCACUUCACGAUAUGCUGAAAGGCAGUGGCAUAUCUGCGAAGUGCAAAUGGAGAGAUGUGGCGCCUGAAGUUCCUCGAAAGAACACUACCAGUGAUCGAUCGCGAGACAGUCGCAGCCAGAAUGAAACUCGAACAUGGAUGGCCUGCCAUCGAUGCUCUGGACCCGCAUUCAACACUCUCUGUGACCGCUGUCUCUCGCCUUGUGCUUCCUCCAUGGAUACUCUUAAUUUUCUAUUGGAAGGCGCUAUUUCUUUCAGAGGGGGUGAGAUUUGUCGCAGCAACAAUCUUCCAGAUGUAUCAGAGUCAUUUGGUGCUUACAACACGAAUUUCGAUUCUGGACAAGUAGAAGGAGGAGAUGAUCGACAAUUCUCGCCUGAUUCACCAGUGGUGGACACGUUGGGUAUCAGCAUAACCCCGGACUGUUCGAAACAGCAGGAUUUGGAUGGAAUUGCAGCAGUUGUGGGAAAGAGUGUUCUUUUCGGAUCCACUCACUCCUUGGAAGGACGAAUUUCUCGAAGCCUGGACAUGUCAUUGACCCUGGCGCCACCGUCAUUGUGGAAGCAUAGUUUUCCCCAUGCUUUACAAAGCCGAGUCUUAAAUACUUUGCCAUCGCGCACAGACAAUACCUUGAGCCUGAACGUCGAGUCCGGAGGAAGCCAUCGUGCUGACAGCUGCACUAGCGAACAAACUAGAUCGUCCCCGACGGAUUUCAGAGCCACUUCUGAUCAUCUACAUAAUCAAGACAUCUCCAAAUUAUCGUCUCAGUUGCAUGAAGUUCGUCGGACUAUAUCUAUAGACAAUGACUUCAUUGGUUUGGGAUCCAGCAUGGGAGUGAUAGUCGGCCAACCAGCCAAGUCCAGUAGCGGAACGUCCACAAGUGCCAAAAGAAUAGCAAGAGCCGAAGCUUCUGGAGCUACCGGGCGAUCGUUUAGAGGAGUGAGGAAGAGGCCAUGGGGUCGGUGGUCUGCCGAGAUUCGUGAUCGAAUUGGACGAUGUCGGCACUGGUUGGGCACAUUCGACACAGCAGAAGAUGCUGCUCGAGCUUAUGAUAGUGCCGCAAGGGCUCUUCGAGGGGCGAAGGCCAAGACCAACUUCGGAGUAGAUCACUCAGGAUCGAAAUCACAUAUACACAACGCCUUCCCCAGUUACUCGCGCGCAGAGCGGACAUCCACUAGCUCAAGCCCUCAACACAGAUCCCUCAGAUUAUCCAGCUCGCUCCCUCUGAAUCAAUACUCCUCAGGCAUUGCUACAGUUCUGUCGGUCAACAUCGGCAACCAGACUCGGAGAGCUUCUGAGGUUCUAUCAAACUCGCAACCGGCAGCAGUGCUGAUAAGGGCCGAGAUCCAGGAGUCUGUCCCUGAGAACUGCGCCAUGACCAUGCUGCCAAAUGCUGAUCCAAAGCUGGACUUUUGCAGCCCCAGGUCGUGUUCUAGCCGGGAAAGCACGCAGGAGUCUACAGCGACGUACCAAUCACCGGAACAUUCGGACUUCUUUUCGACAUCGGGCUUUUACUCUGGUUUCUCUUCCGACUUGACUCCAAUUCCCAUGUCAAGCUCUUGGCAAUAGUGCAGCACCAAGUGUUCCAGUCCUUCGACUCACCUUGAAACCCACAUGCUGUGGGUAGGGGACACAGAUCGAUUGCCGAGCUCACAGUGAACGCCCGAAUCGAGGGCACUGUCACGCAACAGGCUGGGACACCAAGCUGUCUGAUCGGGCUUGAUGAAUGGCGUGAAGGAAAUUGUCACCAUUCAAGUGUGCAUGCUGACGAAGAAAUCACGAAAAAGCUCCAGCAUUUCUGACCCCAUUUAGAGCAUCGAGUUUACAUGCCCUGAGGUAGUUAUAGCAGCAGCUUGAAUUCUAUGCAACCCUUCCAUCAAGGUUGAUGAUACUAGGCCAGAAGCUUUGGACAAUCCACUGUGAUUUUCCUAACGCUUACCAUUCGAUGAAGAGGUUCAUGAGAGAUGAGUGUCCUUGUGGAAUGAUGGAAAAGUGUGAUGUUGAAUUCCUGUUCCACUUCCAGCCCAAUGAAAUCACUUCAAUUGCUCCAAACAUUUGCCUAAGACUUUGUGUUUCUCAAGUUUGAGACUGCGAUACUGUGACAGAACUCGUGACUUUGCAUGUUGAUUACUAACUUCAUAUUUUUUUUUGAGCGUAGGGUCUCACAGACAACAGAGGGUCAGUUUCAUCUUCAGUGCGCAUUUGCCCAUUUGCUUGUGUGAGGCAGCUUGUGCAUCUGACUUUACAAAUUGAAAAGCUAGCUCAAGUCUUCUAAUCUGGGAUGAGCUCUACUCAUCUGAAGCGACCCACAUUAUUCGAUGAACUCAAAACAGCCAAAAAGGAAAAUAUGUUGCGUGAGCAAAUACUGUGGGUAUAUUCUUGGGUAGCAACUGCUACAUGAUGAGCAAUUGCGUACAGCUGAACUAUCCAUUUUGAAUCUGCUUCUGUUUGGAAUGAGUGCAAAUAUAGUUGGAAGGACAGGGGUUUACAUGUACAAAUUAUUCAAAAAGAUUAUCACUGAGGCUCUGGUCUGUUUGAGUACUAGCACAGGCCACCGUACUGGAAAAUGAUAAGCUCGAAUUUUGAUAUUCAGUCUCUUUAUUUUCCAUUUUAAAAUCUCGAUAUUUUUGGAACUUCUUUUAUUAUGAGAAAAGGUAAAAGAUAUGAAAAACCAUUCAACGUUGAUUCUUUCUUCAAUUUUUUUAUUUUAUUUUAUUUAUUUUAUUUAUUU